AUGGUAAAGAUUGAGGAGUUCGCGGUUGAGCAGUGGAUGGACAAAUACGAAACCACGGCCAAAUACAACACGGCUGAGACCUGCUGCGCAUCCAUCUCGAUCGACGAUCUCCGUGAGCUUUCCGAGGACAAGGACACCAAUCCGUUGACACAGCUACAAUCCACCAAACUUACUUAUGGUGCGAUAAGAGGCUCCGAGAAGCUGCGACAGACUCUGGCCAACUUGUACUCUGCGAAGACACCCACUCCAUUACCGAAAGAUAAUGUUUUGAUCACGGCUGGUGCUAUUCAGGCCAAUUUUCUAGCUCUGUAUACCCUGGUCGGACCAGGAGAUCAUGUUAUCUGCCACUACCCAACCUAUCAACAGCUUUACUCGGUUCCCGCAUCUCUGGGGGCCGAGGUGAGCCUCUGGAAAUCGAAGGAAGCCGAUGGGUGGAAGCUCGAUAUUGAAGAGUUGAAGGGACUCAUCCGUCCCAAUACCAAAUUGAUUAUUAUCAAUAACCCCCAGAAUCCCACGGGAGCAAUUGUCCCGCGCGACCAUCUCGAGGAUAUUAUUGAUAUUGCUCGCGAGUCUUCUAUUACCAUUCUGGCCGAUGAGGUGUACCGACCCAUUUUCCACAACAUUAGUCCCGCGGACCCUCAGUUCCCUCCAUCGAUUCUCUCUCUUGGAUACGAGAAUACCAUUGCCACAGGUUCCACUUCGAAGGCAUAUAGUUUAGCUGGACUGCGCGUGGGAUGGAUUGCAUCGCGAAACCGAUCCAUCAUUGAAGCUUGCGCUAACUCUCGGGACUAUACUACGAUCUCCGUUGGCCAGAUCGACGAUGCCGUGGCUAGCUUCGCUCUGGCGCCGGAAUGCAUCCAUAAUCUUCUCCAGCGGAAUAUUGACCUUGGUCGCACAAAUCUCGAGAUCCUGGAGAAGUUCAUCGAAGAUCACCGGUGGGCCUGCUCUUGGGUAAAGCCCCGUGCUGGUACGACUGCCUUUGUUCGGUUUAGCAAGAUGGGCAAACCGAUAGAUGAUGUGGCUUUCUGUGAGAAGCUACAGGAGGAGAAGGGAGUGAUGUUUGUACCAGGUAGCCGGUGCUUUGGAGGAGGGGAGGACUUCCAGGGCUACGUAAGAGUUGGAUAUGCCUGCGAGACCGAUGUGCUAGAGAAGGGUCUUGAUGCGCUGCGAGAGUUCAUGGAUGAAGGCUACGAAGAUGUGCCUGCGUUGAAGAAGAAGAAAGCGCCACAAUAA